AUGCUCGCGUACGUGUGUGAGUCGGUCCACGUGGACCGCUCCGUCGACGACGGACCGAAUCCGCGCGACGAGGCCUCUCCAUUGGCCGGAACGCCGAGAUCGCUUAUUAAGGGCGGAGUUACACGCGUUCCUCGCCCGACAUUGGCGGAUACGGCGUCGGCGUCCGCCGCGAUUGGACGAGGCGAUUUUUAUAAGCGCGGCAGUCCACGUGGACUCGUUUAUCUAUUCAGACGCCGGCGGCGCGGUCGCGGGGGGAGGCCGGGGGGUAUACGGGCAAUCAGUAAAGGCGGGAGGAAUACGGCCAUAUUUAUAAGAGCUGCGGGGAUGCAAUCACGAAGCGGCGCGGGGUGGCAGGAGAGGCGGGGGAGGCGGCGGCCAUUUUGA